CACAAACAAGCCCUAAAUUUCGGAUAGGUUUGCGAGUCUCAAACCUACUGCUUCUUUACCUUGAGGAACAAGAAGAAGACAUACGAUACAGACAUAGAAGAGAGUUUUUAUUUUGUGUUGAGGAGAGAGAAGAGAGAGAUUUUGUUCCUCUAAUGGCUAGUCGAAAACUGGUUCGAGAUUUAUUUCUCUCCAAACAGUUCCUUCAUCGUCACCUGCUAACAUCUCGACAGUUAUCAAAUUCAACUACAAGAUUACGACUGCUAUCAGCAAGUGGGCAUCAGGGUAAUCGUCAAUUCAGUAUCUUUAAUGAGUUCUCGAAGCAAGUUAAAGAAGCUACCAGAAAUCAGGAAUUCCAACAGUCAGUCAAGGAACUGAAGGAGAAAACAGAAGAGCUGAAAGGGGUGAAAGAAGAUUUGAAAGUUAGAACGAAGCAGACAACUGAGCAGCUGUACAAGCAUGUGGAUGGCGUUUGGACGGAGGCUGAAGCCACGGCAAAGAAGGUUUCUGCUAAUGUGAAGGAGAAAAUUUCAGCUGCCACAGAUGAGGUCAAAGAGACUUUCAGGAUUGGAAAACAAGAGUCUUCAAACUCUACUGGUUCUUCAGCUAAAUUUGGUGCUGAUGUGAAAGAUGAAAGUAAGGCUUCAACUGGAGAAGACAAACAGCAGCAAUCUGAGCCUAGUGACACUGCAGAGACAUUGUUCGGCAAGUUUAAGUCUGGCAUGUCUCAUGCUUCCCCCAAGGUUUCUUUUGCAUUCCAGAAAUUGAAAGAAGCAAAGCCCAUUGACCUUGUUAAGAAAGGGUAUGACAUUGUAAAGGAUGAGUUGAGUGGUAAAUCAAGUAGAAGAAAGCACAUUGAUUAUGCAGCUUCUCCCUCAACUACUUCAUCAAAAGGAGAAAGAAGCACAAGAACUGAGGUGGUGUUUGUACCUACAAAGCAGUCCAAGUGGAGCAAGAAGUGGGAGGCGCUAAGAGAGAAGAUGCAAGGCCAUCCUAUGUUCAAGCGGAUCGGCGUGAUAAGUAAACCUGUGGUGGAGAAAAGUCAGGAGCUUGCAGAAGACAUGCGGGAAAGAUGGGAGACAAGUGAUCAUCCAGUUGUUCAUAAAAUUCAGGACAUCAAUGAAAGUGUCUUUGGAGAAACAUCUGCUGCACUAUCAUUCAAGGAAAUACGACGCCGUGAUCCAUCUUUCUCUUUGCCAGAAUUCAUAGUUGAGGUUCAGGACGUGGUCAGACCAGUUCUUAAUGCUUACUUCAAGGGAGAUACUGAAGUUUUGAAGAAAUACUGUAGUAAAGAAAUGAUUGAGCGGUGUAAAGCGGAGCACGGGGCUUAUGAAAGCCAGGGUAUCUUCUUUGAUAACAAGAUUUUACACAUAUCUGAGGCAGAAGUAAGGGAGACCAAAAUGAUGGGAGACACUCCUAUCAUCAUUGUGGUGUUCCAAACACAGCAGGUGUACUGUGUACGUGAUAGACAAGGUUCAGUAACAGACGGGAGCAAGGAUACAAUCCACACUGUAUACUAUGCGUGGGCUAUGCAGCAAAUCAGUGCUGAAGAACUUGGAGAAGGUGCUGUAUAUCCAGUUUGGAAGCUUAGAGAAAUGCAACAACUUGGCAUUCAGGCCCUUAUCUAAAUUUAAAUUUUGCAUUUUCUUUUCAUGCCGAUGGAUGGUUGUUUGGGGUCUGCCUUCUCUGGGUUUUGUUUUCUCAUUGCCAGGGAAAAAAUUUAGUGACCAUUUUUGUUAUUCAUUUUGAUCCAGUAAGGAAUGGGUUAUAAUUUAUAUUUAUUUAUACAUAUAGAUAUUUAUUUCUCUUGGACUUUUAUACUUUUGUUGCCACUUAUAAAUUAUAAAUGUUCGGGUAGACAACAUUGCAUUGUUUUCAUAA